GAGGGCAUUCAGAUUUCAAGUAAAAUGUAUAACAGAAACAGGACGUUUGAAAUACUUUGGUAUAAUCCGCCUCCUUUUAUUAGAGUUCAUCGCAAGUACGCUAUGGACUGUGGAUUUAAAAGAUGUAAAUACAACAACUGCAAAAUGAGUUUUGGUAGAACAGAUGCAAACAAAAGCCAGGCAAUUAUAUUUGAUGGCCGAAAAAUGCCACGACAGCUUAGAUUUACACGUCCAGACGGCCAAGUUUGGAUUUUUGCGGCUCACGAGUCCCCGCUUACAUACGGCGCUGGUGGCAAUUGGUGGUAUAAAAAUACAGAAUAUAAAUUCAAUUGGACAAUGACCUAUGACAGGGAUAACACAGACAUAUUUCUACCAUAUGGAGAAAUACUAAAACGCAAACAUGAGGAAAGGAGAGAUUUCAAGUCAAUAGCCCAAAAUAAAAACAAGACACUUUUGAUGAUAGCAUCACACUGCAGAACACACUCGAAAAGACAAGAGUAUGUUAACGAAUUGAAGAAAUAUAUUGAUGUAGACAUCUUGGGAAGUUGUGGUAAAAAGUGGAACUGUGGAACUCAUUUCACACAUGAUGAAAACUGCUUUCAAAUUUUGAAUACAACUUACAAAUUUUAUUUAGCAUUUGAGAAUGCCUUAUGUCAUCAAUAUAUCACUGAAAAAUUUUACGAAAAUUUCAACUACGAUCUGAUAAUGUUGACACGUGGCGGUAGUAAGGGAGAAUCGAAAAUAUUGUUUCCCAAAGGAACAUAUAUAGCAACAGACGAUUUCAAGUCAAUCAAGGAUCUUGGAACCUACUUGAAAAAUCUUACCGUCAAUGAAUAUGCUGCACUGCUUAAACGAAAGAGUCAGUUUUAUUCACCAGGGUAUUUACAAGUCUAUCAAAGAGCUAUGUGUAAUAUAUGUGAAAGAAUGAAUUUCAAGAGCAUAUAUUCAAAAACUAUUGAAAACAUUACAAAUUGGGCAUUUGGAUCUCAGCCUUGUCUGAAAUCUCAAGAUGUUGCAGACAUUUGAUGAAGUCGUGCGAUUAAUAUCAUGUACUUAGCCGGUCAUUCAAAUACAGUGUAUGGAAUUCAAUAAAAAUAGCAAACCUGUUGCAAUAUUAAACAAAGGAACUAGUCCGAAAGUAUCAUAGAUUUUGUAUAUAAAGUUACAUCU